AUGGUCCCCCACCAGGUUGUGCCCCGGGCUUUGUCGGAGAGCCGCGGGAUCGCGGACAGCCUCCAGAGGUUCUCCUCGCUGCCCGCUUACCUCCCCACGAGCUUCCGCGUCGCGGGCGCAGAGGCCGCCUUCUUCCUCAAGGAAGCCAACCAGGACGUCACGAGGAACGCCAGCCUGCAGGCCCGGACCGAGGCCUUCUUCGUCUACCGGGCCAGGGCGCCCCCGGCCGUCAACGCCAGCUACGGCCCCUUUUCAGCCCUGAAGGUCAUUCCCCGGGAGCUCCUGCUGCCUUCCACGCCCUUUGGAAAGACGAAGUUCCCCUUCAGCUGGAAGCUGAGAUCCCACAUCCUCGACAGCUCCAUCUACUCCAACAGACCCAAGGUGCAGACCCUGUUCUACGUCGCCGGCAUGGCCUGGGAGGACGGUGACCCCGCGGAAGACCUCCCGUGCGUCAAGAUGUUCGCUUUCCCCGAGGCCCGGGAGGUGGCGGCCAGCUGCCGGCUGCAGGGCGCCCCGGGGCUGUGCGUGGCCGAGCUGGAGCUGCUGCCCGAGUGGUUCAGCUCCGGGCUGGACCUGGAGCCCGAGGAGGAGAUCCCGGCCCUGCUGGGGGGCACCGCCAUGGAGCUGUUCUUCGCGCUCUACCCGGCGGACCCGGCCGGCCGCUGUCCGCUGGAGGAGGACGGCAAGUGGGACAACAAGAUCCACUCGGGCCAGGACGGCCCCCGGCAGGCGUCCGAGGCCCGGGAGCGGAUCGGCAGCGUCGUGGUCUACCCGACGCAGGACGACCUGAAGUGGGCCCUGGUGAGCCUGGACCCGAACGUCGUCGUCUCGGUGCCUCUGAACCUCAUCCGGGAGGGCGACGCGGCCACCUUCUUGGUCUCCCUGACCAGUGGCUCCGUGGCAGACCACUUCACCCUUCGAAUUAAGGCAGCAGCAGGUGUGAAAAUAACAGCAGUGAGAGUCAGCAGUGAAGACCAAUGGGCAGUGCAGGAGGAAAUAGAUAACGGCAGCGUUCAGACCACGGCUGCCCUCACCUGUGUGGGCCACCUCCCGGAUGCGCAGAGCAGAGCAAAUGGCUCCUUCUAUGAGAUCUUGCAAGUGGAUUUUGGAAUUGACAACAGCAGCGGUCUGGCGGGGGCCCAGCAAAUUACCUGGCAAGUGGAGUACCCGGUGGAUGACUCCAGGAGUGAGCUGGUGGUCUCCGAGAUCUUUGUCAGCCAGACAUCCUUCGUGGGCAUCGUCCCUCUCGCCAUGGACACGGAGGUGCUGAACACGGCCAUUCUCACCGGAAAGGCUGUUUCGGUUCCCGUCAAGGUCGUGGGUGUUCAAGAGGACGGUUCUGUGGUCGACGUGUCGGAGUCUGUGGAAUGCAGGUCUGCGGACGAAGACGUCAUCAAGGUUUCCAACACCUGCGAUUCCAUCUUUGUGAACGGGAAGGAAAUGAAGAGCAGAGUGGACACGGUCGUGAACUUCACCCACCAGCACUUCACCUCCCAGUUAGAGGUCACUGUCUGGGUGCCCCGACUGCCCCUGCAGGUGGAGAUCUCGGACACGGAGCUGAGCCAGAUCAAAGGAUGGAGGAUCCCGGUGGCCUCCAACAGAAGGCCCACCCGAGAGAGCGAGGACGAGGAGGACGAGGAGAAGAAGGGCCGGGGCUGCUCCUUGCAGUACCAACACGCCACGGUGCGCGUCCUCACGCAGUUCGUGGCGGAGUCGCCCGACUUGGGUCAGCUGAGCUACAUGCUGGGCCCCGACUGGCAGUUUGACAUCACUGACCUGGUGAUGGAUUUCAUGAAGGUGGAGGAGCCGAAAGUGGCUCAGUUGCAGGAUGGCAGGACCCUGGUGGGUCGGGAGCCGGGCAUCACCACUGUGCAGGUCCUCUCGCCUCUCUCUGACUCCAUCCUGGCCGAGAAGACGGUGACUGUCCUGGAUGACCGCGUCACCAUCUCGGACCUGGGCGUGCAGCUGGUGGCUGGCUUGUCUCUUUCCCUGCAGCCACACAGAGCCGACAAAAGAGCCAUUGUCUCCACAGCGGCCGCCCGAGACAUUCUCCAAGCCCCACAGCAGGAAGCAAUAGUCAGUUCUUGGAUCUUGUUCAGUGAUGGUUCAGUGACACCCUUAGACAUUUAUGAUCCCAAGGAUUUUUCAGUUACUGUCUCAUCGUUGGAUGAAAUGGUGGUGUCUGUCCAGACAAACCUUCAGUCCAAAUGGCCAGUGGUGGUGGCAGAGGGUGAAGGGCAAGGACCCUUGAUUAAAUUGGAAAUGAUGAUUAGUGAACCUUGUCAGAAGACCAAGAGGAAGAGUGUUCUUGCCGUGGGUAAAGGAAAUGUCAAGGUCAAAUUUGAACCAAAUAUUGAUGAUCACCAAGGAGGCACCAAUGAUAUUGAGGGCAUAAAUCGUGAAUAUAAAGACCACCUCAGUAAUUCCAUAGAGCGUGAAGGAAACCAGGAGAGAGCAGUUCAGGAAUGGUUCCAACAUGGCGCCUCUGUUGGCCAAGAAGAAGGUACCAACAAAAGCACAACCCCACAGUCUCCCAUGGAAGGAAAGGAUAAGAAGUUGCUCAGGAGUGGUGGUCCAGAUGCCUUCACAAGCUUCCCGACUCAAGGGAAGUUACCAGAACCCAAUAAUCCUAGUGACCUUACAGUGACUUCAAGGGGGUUAACCGACCUGGAGAUUGGCAUGUACGCCCUGCUCUGUGUCUUCUGCCUGGCCAUUCUGGUCUUCUUAAUCAACUGUGUGGCAUUUGCUUGGAAAUACAGACACAAAAGGUUUGCUGUGAGUGAGCAAGGCAACGUCCCCCAUUCCCACGACUGGGUCUGGCUCGGGAAUGAAGUGGAACUUUUGGAGAACCCCGUGGACAUCACACUCCCGUCGGAGGAGUGCACAACCGUGAUAGACAGGGGGCUGCAGUUCGAGGAGAGGAACUUCCUUCUGAACGGCAGUUCCCAGAAGACUUUCCACAGUCAACUGCUCAGACCUUCGGACUACGUCUAUGAGAAGGAAAUUAAAAAUGAACCUAUACAUUCAUCGGGCCCAAAGAGGAAGCGAGUCAAGUUUACUUCCUACACCACUAUCCUCCCAGAGGACGGCGGCCCGUACACCAACUCCAUCCUGUUCGACAGCGAUGACAACAUCAAGUGGGUCUGCCAAGACAUGGGGCUGGGGGACUCCCAGGACUUUAGAGACUAUAUGGAGAGACUGCAGGACCAGAUGUGAACUCCUCUCUUAUGUUUGUACUCACCUUUAUGCCUUCUGUUUUCUGAGUGGUGGAGCAGUGAGUUUAUCAGCAAUAGGGGAUGAUUUAGCAAAGCUUAGCUUGUGGAGGUCUGGUGGGUCCCUUCCUGAGCAGGUAGCAGAGGUCUGGGGGGCUAUAGCAGCUGGGUUAGAAGCCAGGAAAUAUCUCUGAAACAGCCACAUGUAGGUCCUGGAGAAAUUCUAAGACAAAAGUUUUAUCUGCUGCCUGGUACAGGCUCAGUUCGAAUAUAAUAAACCUGACCCCACAGACAUUGUUAGUCAUCUCGUGAGAAAUGGCCAUGUGGAAUUAGAAAAGACUCGGUGUUGAUUUUUCUAUUCCUACAUCUUGUAAAGCACAGUGGACGUUUCUUGCCCUUGGCCUGAGCUUGGACAUACGUGAGGAUGCCGAAUGUAGCUGCCCUUAUUUGUUAUGAGCACUGCUGAUUAUUUUUAUAUACAUUUGCACCUGCGCCUGGUUCCUUUGACCUCUGGAAUUCUUUUUGAAACAUGAAGAAAAGAAAUUUC